CUUUCAGCCAUGGCACCAGCUACACUGGCCCUGACAAGGUCAUCUGCCUAGACUCCACAGAGCUAACGUUUCUAGAAGCGCCCGGAAAAACCCCAGAGGCACACGGUACAGGCCUGAAGGACACAUCAGUGGCCUUCAACAUCCAGAAGGUGAACGUGGCCACUUCUUACCUGGCCAGCAGGAAGAUGUGUGUUCUUGGGGACCCGAACGCUCAUCGUCUUGGAGCAGAGCUGCUGGCUUGGUGAACAGCAUUCCCACUGCUACCUCCUGCUGCCCAUGAGCCUGCUCUGCUAACGCCUGUAGCUCGGGGCCCCACCCUACGAGGAUGUGUGGCCCAGUCGAAGGGCUGCUCACAGCCCUAGUGGUGGCAUUUGGGACAGCAGUGGCGUUUGCACCAAUACCCCGGAUCACCUGGGAACACAGAGAGGUAGGACUGGUGCAAUUCCAUGAGCCAGAUAUCUUCAACUACUCAGCCUUGCUGCUGAGUGAGGACGAGGACACACUGUACGUGGGUGCUCGAGAGGCCAUCUUUGCAGUGAACGCAAGCAACAUCUCUCAGAAGCAACGUGAGGUACACUGGAAAGUCUCAGAAGACAAAAAAGCAAAAUGUGCAGAAAAGGGAAAGUCAAAACAGACAGAAUGCCUCAACUACAUCCGGGUACUUCAGCCCCUCAGUGCCAGCUCUCUCUAUGUAUGUGGGACUAAUGCAUUCCAGCCCAUCUGUGACCACCUGAACUUAGAAUCCUUUAAGUUUCUGGGGAAAAAUGAAGAUGGCAAAGGAAGGUGUCCCUUUGACCCUGCGCACAGCUACACAUCUGUCAUGGUUGAUCAAGAGCUGUAUUCGGGGACGGCAUAUAAUUUUUUGGGAAGCGAGCCCAUCAUCUCCCGAAACUCUUCCCACAGUCCUCUUCGGACAGAAUAUACAAUCCCAUGGCUGAAUGAGCCUAGCUUUGUCUUUGCUGAUGUGAUCCGAAAAAGCCCAGAUGGUGCCGAGGGUGAGGACGACAAGAUCUACUUCUUCUUCACGGAAGUAUCUGUGGAAUAUGAGUUUGUUUUCAAGUUAAUGGUCCCUCGUAUUGCGAGAGUGUGCAAGGGGGACCAAGGAGGCCUGAGGACCUUGCAGAGGAAGUGGACCUCUUUCCUGAAGGCCAAACUGAUCUGCUCCCAGCAAGACAUAGGCCUGAUAUUCAACAUACUGCAAGAUGUUUUUGUGCUGAGGGCCCCAGACCUCAAGGAGCCUGUGUUCUAUGCACUCUUCACCCCACAGCUGAACAAUGUGGGGCUGUCAGCAGUCUGUGCCUACACGCUCUCCACGGUGGAAGCAGUUUUCUCUCGUGGCAAGUAUAUGCAGAGUACCACAGUGGAGCAGUCCCACACUAAGUGGGUGCGAUACAAUGGACCAGUGCCCACUCCGCGACCUGGAGCGUGCAUCAACAGCGAGGCACGUGCAGCCAACUACACCAGCUCUUUGAAUUUACCAGACAAAACACUUCAGUUUGUCAAAGACCACCCUUUGAUGGAUGAUUCAGUAACUCCCAUAGACAACAAGCCCAGAUUAGUCAAAAAAGAUGUGAACUACACCCAGAUCGUGGUGGACAGGACCCAGGCCCUGGAUGGGACCAUCUAUGAUGUCAUGUUUAUCAGCACAGAUCGGGGCACCCUCCACAAAGCUGUCAGCCUUGACAACGAUGUCCACAUCAUUGAGGAAACACGACUCUUCCAGAACUCUGAGCCAGUCCAAACCCUACUACUGUCUUUGAAGAAGGGCAGGAAGUUUGUCUAUGCCAGCUCGAACUCAGGAGUGGUCCAGGUCCCCCUGGCCUUCUGCAGGAAACAUAGCAGCUGUGAGGACUGCGUGCUGGCACGUGACCCCUACUGUGCCUGGAGUACAUCCACAUAUACCUGUGUGGAUCUUCAUGAGGCCCAGGGCCCCAGCAGGGCUUGGAUUCAGGAGAUGAGCGGCGAUGUGUCCUCAUGCCCAGAUAAAAGUAAAGAAAAUUUCCGGCAGCAUUUUUUCAAGCAUGGUGGCACAGCAGAACUCAAAUGCUCCCAAAAGUCCAACCUGGCCCAGGUGGUGUGGAAGUUCCAGAACGGUGUCUUGAAGGCUGAGAGCCCUAAGUAUGGUCUUGUGGGCAGGAAAAACCUGCUCAUCUUCAACCUGUCUGAGGGAGACAAUGGGGUAUACCAGUGCCUGUCAGAGGAGAGGGUCAGGAACAAGACAGUGUCACAGCUGCUCACCAAGCAUGUCCUGGAGGUAAAAAUCAUCCCACGGACCCCAGUGACCACUACUUUGUCCGCUUCUCAGACAGAAGGUAGAAGAAUAACCCCCAGGAUGUCAGCGGCAUCCUCCCUGGAGUCAUCUGCCCCAACGCCAGUCAUCCAGGCCACCACACCAAUUGCUGUCACCUCACCUCCCAAGCCCCCGCCCACCAGCACUUCCUGUGAACCAAAGGUCAUCAACAAGGUCCCACAGCUCCACUCAGCAAAGACAGUGUAUCUCAAGUCAAGUGACAACCGCCUUCUCAUGUCCCUCUUCCUCUUCAUCUUCAUCCUCUUCCUCUGCCUCUUGGUCUACAACUGUUACAAGGGCUACCUGCCCGGACAGUGCUUGAAAUUCCGUUCAGCCCUGCUGCUUGGGAAGAAGAAGCCCAAGUCAGAUUUUUCUGACCUAGAGCAGAGUGUAAAGGAGACGUUAGUAGAGCCCGGGAGCUUCUCCCAGCAGAAUGGAGAGCAUCCCAAGCCAGCUCUGGACACCGGCUAUGAGACAGAGCAGGACACCAUCACCAGCAAAGUCCCCACAGACCGCGAGGACUCACAGAGGAUCGAUGAUCUCUCUGCCAGGGAAAAGCCGUUCGACGUCAAGUGUGAACUGAAGUUUGCUGACUCAGAUGCCGAUGGAGACUGAGGCCCCAUUGUGUGCUCCUGCUUGUGUCUUUCAGUCUGUGUGUGGAGAGUUUAGUGUUUAACCAGUGCAGUAGCCGAGUCUCAAGAUUGUGCAGCAAACCUCACCCCUUUGUCUCUUCUCUUGAGUUGAAGCUAUGACUUGUUUCUCUUUGUCCGUUUGGAAAAUGAAAAACAUUGCAUCCCAGUCUCAAGUCCUGCAGUCGUUGGAGUACUUUAAGAUGUUCCUGUGGGUAGUGGCACCGAGUUACCUAAGCCCUUUUUUUGUCCGGGGGGGGGAAAGAUGGUGACCUCCACUGGCUGGGAAGAGUGACCCUUCCGCGUCCCCUUCUUGUAGCAGCUACUAAAAUAUAAUUUAAUUCCAGAUUGGAAAUGACAUUUUAGUUUAUCAGAUUGGUAACUUAUUUGCCUGUUGUCCAGAUUGGCACGAUUCUUUUCUUCCAUUUAAUUAUUUUUUUAGUAUUUUUGCCUUGAUUAUGUUGAUGUCUUUGGUCAUUUUUUUAUAAUUACAGGAGCAGAUGUUUAAUAUUUAGAAGAUGUGCAUCUUCUACAUUUUGUUAUAUGAUAUGCAAUGUGGCUUAUGUUGCUUAAGGUUCUCAGGGAUAGACUCUUUUUGCUGAAGGCAUUCUUUCUGCUUUUUAGAAAUGUGGACCUAAACCUACCUGUUGAACACACUGAUUUCUUUAUUCUUUGAGAGAAGCAUCAUUUUAGACAGAUUGUUUUUCUCUUCUCUUUCCCCCUCACCCCUUUCGGUCUCUCUCAAAGACCGUUGCCCCACAUCUACAAGGCAGGUUUUGUGUGACAGAAGGCUAUAGAAUUGGGCUGUGUAAAGGAGAAGCAUUUUACAAGUUCAUGGCAAUGCUGCCACUCAACAUCUCCUGUCCACAUGGACAGAGCCUUUGGAAAGAUGAUUUUGGUUGUCUGAACACCUCCUGUCUAAUCUCAUACCCAUUGUCCUUGGGCGUCCCCUGUGGCCUUGCUCCUCGGUUUCACAGAGCUGUCCUCCUGGAAGAAAAGUGGGCCAGGUAGAUGGGGCUACCAGCUGUGGGCAAGACCACGGCGUCCUUGGGCAUGCAGCAACAUUUCAUUCCAGAUGACUUCUACGACUGUCACUAAAGAUGUAAACAGGCGGUACGAUUUUCACACCCAUUUUACACUCCACAUCCCCAGUCUGUAAGCACCCAUUAGAAGGAGACUUUUAUUCCAUGGCAAAGAGCAAUAAACUGGGUUUCUGUGUGUCUGUGUGGCAGCCUCACCCCAGCAUGAUGUGAUCUGGUCAUUUUGGUGGCAACAUGUGUGUUUUGAUAAGAUUUACUUUCUUUUUAUUUUUCUACUUUGAAUUGUAUAUAUUUGGAAAGUACCCAAAUAAAUGAGAAGCCUUAUCAUUGA